CAUUUCUUUCAUGUAGACGUGUGUAUGCUUACUGCAUGCGGUAGUCAAACUUUGAUUGAAUAUAUCACUGCAUAAUACAGUGUAUAUUUAUAAAGAAAUUAUUCCAAACUAAGUUCAAUUCACUUCGCGUACCGUAAUGGCCUAUGCAUCAAAGAAAUUAUUCAGGACACACUCUCUCCUUGAUCGAGUUAUUCAUAAUGAGCCAUGGGACAUUCCUAAAUUCAAUGCUCCAUCAGGAAAGAAGGAUAUCUGGGAAGAUCAUUUCGAACAAGGUUUAAGACACUUAGAUGAAAAUGAAGUAAAUCUCGCUGAACAAUCGCUCAGUAAAGCCUUAAAAAUCCUAUCUGCUUCUCCAAUGACAAAACACCUUAACAAAGAGAAAGCAACAUGCUUCCACGCUAUGGCGGAAAUCUAUUCAACCCGAGCAUCGCAGCAGAUGGAUGAUGACGGUUUUUGUGAAAUGAUGGUUAAAAGCAUCGCUCUUUUCGAGGCCGAGCGAAUUUACAAGCACGGCAGCUACAAGGCUGACGAGGAAAUCGACACAGCCAUCUUCGAAGCAGAAGUAAAGUUCAUUAAUAAAGUAUUUGGGGCUGUUGGUGUCGAUCAUUACAAGAAGAUGGAAAACAAAAAAAAUCUGAAUCGGGAAAAGUUAGAAGAGAUUCGUUUGAAACAAACUAACGAAUAUUUCCCUGCCCUUGACAGACUUCCGGAUUGGAACUCACGAGACGAAGAGAGACGAUGCCAAGAAAUUGAAAAGAUAUAUAAACAAAUUGAUGAUGAUAUGAAGUGCCUCGUGAAUGAAAUUUUUUCUUAUUGUUGUGAAAUUGCUGGUUCCGCACCCUGCAAAUUUUCUAUCAUUGGUCUGGGAUCUAUGUCCAGACAGGAGAUUACUCCAUACUCUGAUUUAGAGUUCGCAGUGCUGGUGGAAUCCAAAAACAAAAGCCCUUCGUCAGAACAACGGCAGUAUUUUCGAUUCCUGACCUACUUAAUUCAAGCGCAAAUCAUCAAAUUAGGAGAAACCAUUUUGCCAAGUGUUGGAAUUUCUAGUUUAAAUAAUUUUUACAGUGGAAAUAUAGAAGAUGAUUGGUUUUACGACGAUGUUAUUCCCAAAGGAUUUUCAUUCGACGGUAUGAUGCCAUGGGCCUGCAAGACUCCUCUCGGAAGGAAAGAAUGGCGUGGACAACCUCGGCAAGAGUACAUCAUGACUGUGGAUGAAAUGCUGACGCUUCAAGAUGUAAUUCCCGGCUCUGCUCUCGAGAGUCUGAAAACGGCGAACGUUUUCAGCAGCGUGUGCCAUCUCUUUGGCGAUGAAGAACUGACAAAGUCCUACGAGCAGAAAUUGUCUUCCCUGGUCACUAAUACCGAGAGGAGGAAAAGUUUUCAAGAACAAGUCAUAGAGAUCAUGCAAGGUUUGCUGAACACCUACAACCUGCGUUCACUGCUUUUAUGUGACAGUGGAACGCAACAAGACGUGAAGAAAGAGGUCUAUAGAUUAGCAAGUCUUCUGGUGGAACAAUUGUCAAAAUAUUUUGGAAUUUUCGGGCGCAGUUCUUGGCGAUGUAUAGAUGAAAUGAAUGUGAAGAAGAUACUCACUGAAGAUGGGGCAAAGAAUUUGCAGGUAAUGUUAAGUAUUACCACUGAGCUCCGGUUGAAGUGCUACCAAAGGCAAGGCAGACAAAAAGAGGCAUUACCUACAGUUCCACAACUGUCGGUCACUGAAGAAAAAUGUACUCCUUGCUCAUUCACGUCAGCCAUCGUCCGUCUUUAUAAGAGUCUUGUACCGUUGUCAUCAACGAUGUCUAAUAUCGUUUCGAAGAUCAAAAACCCCCAUCAUCCGGUAGUUAUUUCGCUGACCUCUAAACCAGACGUAAAUGAAAUCGCCGAAUGUCUCAAGAACGUCAACUUAAGAGACCCUGAAAAGAUACUUGUGAAAGCGCUUCAACAAGAAACAUUUCUGGAUGUUUCGUCGACGACAACAGCAAUAGCAUAUCUGCGUGUUUUACAACUUCCUAAAGCGAUCGAUUGUUUGCUUUCCGCAAAAGAUGAUUCAAUGGAUUUUGUCGAAAGCGUAAGUAUACGUCAUGCACUCACACAUUGCUACAUGCACGUCGGAAAAUUUCAAGAAGCUAUUAACUGUUGCCGUGAGAUGCAAACGUUACACACACUGGCGCCAGAUUUCGUUAAAACAAGCGACGUAAUAGAUGCAUUGAUAUCAAUCAUGGAUGCCUAUAUCCACCAGGGUCUGUUAAACGAGGCUGUAAAUGUGCACACACAAAUCGUUAGCCUUCAAGACCAACAAGAUUCAAAGGACACUGCAGUCGAUGAAAGGAAAGUGAAUUUUCUUACCAGCAGCGCGGUGCUUUUCAUAGAACUCGAACAGUACGACAAAGCGGAAAUCAUACUUAGAACCAUUUUGAAGGGAAUAAAAAACCACCGAAAGCAAUAUCUCGUCCAUUUUAUGACCCUGAAUAACCUUGCCGUCGUUUUACUUUGCGAAAACAAGUUCGAAGAAGCGAAGACCAUCUUGAACGAUGCAUUACAGGUGGCCGGCGAACUUUAUGGAGAAAACGCUGCUCAUCCCGAUUUUGCUAACUGUUUAACCAACCUGAGCGAAGUUUAUUAUUAUCUUCAAAAUAUGAAAGAAGCAGAACGUUUUGUUCGUUUGGCCCUCGUAAUUUAUUCUCAAUUACACGAUUAUGUCAAAGAGUUGGUCGAGCCUGGCAUUGUGGAUGCGCUGAUUAUCAAGGCAAGAAUACACCAGUUUUAUAAACAACGUGAUGAUGUGUUUAGCACUUUGAGCCAGGCAAACGAAAUUUCUAAGAAUUUGUAUGGCGGCCAGCCACACCCACAUAUUGCCUCCAUUAUUCUCCAUCUUGGCGUUUGUGAGCAAGAGCGUGAAAAUUUCUCGGAAGCGUUAAACCAUUAUCAAGAGUAUUUGAAAAUUCACGAGAAUCAAAGACUUGAAUGUCAGGAAACUGGAGAGGAUUGCAAAAUGGCCAAUGUUCUUGUUCGAAUUGCAAACUUGGGAGCAGUUUGUUGCUAUGAUCCUUCGUAUCUUCUCACAUGUAACGAGAAAGCGCUAAAAAUAGAGGAGAAAAUUCACGGCAAAGAAGCCAAUCAUGUCCAUUUAGCCAUGUGCUUUGGAUCACUCGGUUUUUGUUUGAUGGCAGCAGACCGCGAGUCAGAAGGAGUGGAUUAUUUCUGCAGAUUCUUGAAAAUGUUUGAAGAGAUUAAUUUAGGAAGUAAUAAAGCAUUUGGUCGCGCACACCUAUUAAUUGGAGAAAUCUUUGGACAGCAUUCGCCGGGAAAAGCAGAAAAGCACUUGAGAUCAGCAGAAAAAGUUUUAAAGAAGGUCUUAAAGGAUGAAAGUGAUGUAUCAUUGCUUCAGAUCAAUUCUUCCUUGCUAGAAAUUUUUGCGCAGACAAGCAGAAUGAAAGAGGGUCUCGAGCUUGCCGAAAAACAAAGACGCUUGAUUGAUAUUAUGUUGUCUAAAUCCAAUUCUCCUAGCGCUCAUCAGCUCUCUCAAGUGUUCCGCCUUGCUUCGUUUUACGAAGACAGUGGAAGACGAAAUACUGCAAGAGAUUUGUUCAUUGACCUGAUUGGACGUAUAGAGGAGCAGGUCGAUACCGCUGAUUCAGACCAGGAUUAUUUUGAGCUCCUGCUGUGGACUGCGGAAUUACGAGCAGGAGGUAUUUACCGAACUAAUGGAAUGUUCGAUCACGCAGAAGCCAUGUUUCAGCGUAUUCUUUUGUCAGUGAAAAAGACAACUUCACAGCGACAAUUGGGAAAAGAAUUUCGACAUGUUGCUCUGUAUAAUCUAUCGUGUAUUUUUACGCAAACCGGAAGGUAUCACCAAGCACAUGAACUGCUUGACAGUCUUAUCAACCUCUAUGAGCAAGACCCAAAGUCAAUCGAUCCCGAAGCAGCAUCGUACGUUUUUCUCAUUCGUAGUGAACUUAAUCGUAAAACCUUAUGUUUCAACCUUGCACUUGAAGACCUGGAAAAAGCCUUGAAAACAGCUGAAGUGUUCCGAUUAUCGAAGUCUACGAUCACAUCAGCAACUGAAAUUCUUUAUGCUAAAGUCAUGAACACAUUUGGAUUAGUUCAUGAGGAAAACAACAACCUGAGCCUUGCUCUCGACUAUUAUACUUGCAGCCUAAGCACUGUAGAUGGGUUGCCACCCAAGAUGGACACAGCUAUAUUUCACCAAAAUAAGGCGGAUGUUCUAAAAGCGCUUGGACGAUUUGAAGAUGCUACAAUACAUUACCAAAAAUCUUUGGAAAUCAGAGAAAUGUUGUAUUCCGAGGAUCCAGUCAGAGAAGAUAUUGCUACGGUGCUCUAUCAUUUGGCUCUCACCCAGUAUAUUAGUCGACAGCCCAACGAAGCCUCCAAAACUCUGGAGAAGCUUUUACCCUUGAGGAGGGAACUUCUUAAAGAGGGUGGUUCGAACCGAUUGCAAAAUUAUGCUGCAGCGUUGGUUCUCAAAGGUGGCUGUCACAUCUCGGAACCUGACGAAGCUCAGCAAGCGAAAGAGGCCUUCGAAGAAGCAGAGAAAGUUCUUAAGUUGCUGACGGAAGGACAGCUAAACCAGGAUUACGCUGCAGUUUUGCACAAUUUGGGUAGUGCUUGCUUUAUGUUAAAUCAGUGGGAAGAAGCAAUACCCAAACUGAAAAAUGCACUUGAGAUGAGGAGAAUUAUUUAUGAAGGGAAAGCGGUGCCAGAUGUUGCCUCAACCUGCGAAUUCCUCGCUACAGCGCUCUUUAAGAAUCACGAGUACCAGAAAGCAUUGACUUACUUUGAAGAAGCGUUGAAAUAUUUUGAAGUUUGCCAGUCCCCAGAUAACGAAACCAAAUGUGCUCUCCAUAUUGCUCUUUGUCACAAAAGUUUAAAGAACUUUGAUCUUGCCUCGAAAGCGUUUGAGAAAGUCAAGGUGUUGUGUGCAAGAGAAUCAGUCAGUGAUGAGAUGCGAGAUGAGGUUCAAGAAACAAUGGCAGAAAAUGAAGAGAAUACGAACAAACCCAAGGACAGUUAAUGCCACCAUUAGUUUUGUGCUGAGCACCGUGACAAAUCGUAUAGAAGUUUAAGGUAUCCUGCAUGUAGAAAGUGUUAGCUGUAAUUGAAACAAUUUAUAGAUUUAUAUAUGCAUGCCAAUUCGAAGAAAAAAGUAAUGCUUGCGUCAAUGGACGACUUGCGCUUUAGACUAAUAUAUCUUAUCCCAGCGGUAAAAAGAAAAUUUUCCGGCUGAAAGAGUUCACUAACAUUAGUUGUAAAUUACGGAAAAUAUAGCCAUGCGAAGUUGUCGAUUUUUGUAUACCUUUGUAUUAUACGGCCGGAAGUGUGUAACUAAAUUAGUUACAGGGUCGUUACACAUUCCGUGCGUAAUACUAAAAUAUACUAGCUAAAUAUGCAUUUUACAAAA